UAUCCCUCGCCUUGGGCCUCCUCCCUUGUGAACACACAGAUGUCAGAAACUGAGCUGGAAAAGAUAAAAGUCAGAACAGCUGAGCAUUUUGAAAAUGACAAAAAUAACAUUUCUUGGUUGAAGGAAGGAUUAUCCAGUUCAAUUCCAAGUCCUCUGGAAGACCCUGAUGUGCAACUCACAAAUGAAAAGCAGGCAGACGAGAAAGCCAUUAAUGCUAUCGUUAUAAAUUCAGUAUCAGAAUUCAAUAUCACAGAUGGACCAGCCAAGGAAACCCCCAGUGAGAAAAAACUGUCAGAAUCCAGCAUAUCACUGUCCUCCCUUGAAGAAAGGCAGACGAAAUUUUCCUACCUCCAAACUGAUACUUCAGUUCAUCCGAGAGACACUGAUGAGGACUGCGCCUCCCUUAUCCUCGCCUGUUUGUUCUGCCAGUUUUUGGAUUGUCUCCUGAUGCUCCCGGACACGUGUGAAACUGUGUGUAUCAAUGUUUGCUGCCCCUCUCACAGGUACCAUCACACCUCAGAUGAAAGCCACUCCCGGAAUGACUGCAACUGCAACUGUGACAUUGACUGCAGCCUUUUUGAAUGUCAUGAGACCAGCGAGUGUCUGGAGCUGGCCAUGGAGAUUUCAGAAAUCUGUUAUCGUUAG